GAAGCAUCGCGAGCGCCGAGCACCGUCACCCUACUGUGCUAUGUACUCUGGUGACUGGUGAGCGUGGAUAUUGGUGACUAGUGGCUAUGGCCAGCCAGUAUGUGCCGGGAGAGGGACGCGUGCGCACGUGUUAGAAGCGCGCGUGUGUGAGUGAGUGUGUGUUGUACCGGUGAGACGUUAGUGUGUGCGGAGCUCGUGUGCCGACUGCUGACGAAGGCGCUAAAAGUGAUGGGGUGCAAACAGACUCCGUGGUCAUUCCCGCCGCUCCUUCUGGGAGUGAGGGUGGAGGUACACUAAGCGAUAGUUGUGAACUUUACCGUAGCUGGCGGUGUGUGGAUACUAUAGUGUGGGUGUGGGUGUGGGUGCAGCGGUGAUGGUGUGGGCGGCGCCGUUGGUGCAGCUGAUGCUUCUAGUGCUAUCGUCACUGGCCGGUCCGGGGCCGGGGUUCUCCUCCCGGCAGCGCACGGCUGUGGUGGCACGUGCGGGGGACAGCGCCGCACUACGCUGCUCCGUGCUUAGGCUUCACGAUCGCGCGGUGUCGUGGAUUCGAUCAAACGACCUUCAGAUCCUGACGCACGCAGGGGUGGUGUUCACCGCUGACUCUCGAGUCUCAUGUUCUGAUGCUGCAGCAGAUGAUUCUGAGAAAAUGCUUGAUGAUGACACAGCGGCAUCUCAGGAGUGGGAGGGACCCGUAAAAGUACACACGCUGCGUCUUGAGCGGCUGCGGCUCAGCGAUUCUGGCCGGUACGAGUGUCAGAUCAACACUGAGCCCAAGAUGAGCCUCUUCUUCAAUCUUACUGUCAUAGACACGGAGCUGCCUACCGUGCAGGUGUCGGCAGCGGUGAGGGACGUCCGUGGUGCUUUGGGGGGCGUGGCGCAGCUCACGUGCGAGGCGCGCUACGUGAGCUGGGGGGAGCUCUCCUCAGACACCCUAGCCGCGCUGCCGCCGCUGAGGGUGCACUGGCAGCACGAGGAAUACGCGCUCGACACGCAGAGUAGUCGUGGCGGGAUAUCGCUGGAGACAGAGCGGUGGCCGGGCCGGAGCGUGUCGCGUCUCACGCUGGCGCAGCUGAGCGCGUCAGACGCCGGCCGCUACACGUGUGCGGCGCACGGGGCCAGUGCGCACCUGCACCUGCACGUAGACGGGGCCGAUAUCACAGAGGGUGCGGGAGGCGGUGUGGAGUGGAUGCAGCGCGACCAGGCAGUGGCGCGUGUGAGUAGCGCUCCCCGACAGAGACGGCAUCACGCGUUAGCUCUCUCUCUCACACUCGCGCUCUCAUACGCGGGCUCGCUCGCCGUCACGUGACUACGCGCGCGUUGCCACCAUUGAACACUGCAAAUGUACAUUAAGUUGUAAAUAGCUAUUUAUAUAUUUUUUAUCAUACAAUGUUAAUAAACAUAUUUUGUUGACA